AUGUCAAACAAUGAAAUGAUAAAAAAGAGAAUGUCACAAUCAUUGGACACAAGUAGAUUUGCAGGAGGUAAUAUUAAACAAGCUAAAGAUUUAUACUUUAAUGAUAUAGGAGGAAAGAAGAUAUUAACUCCACAUCCCGAUUCAAAUGUAAUUGAGACAUCACAACAUGUACGAUGGCAAUUAGAUCCCGUUUCAUUUGCACCUGGUACAAUUACUAAUAAUCCUAUUACUUUUAGAUUAUCACCUAAUUAUUGUUUCAAGAUAGAGAAUGUCGUUUUAGAUAUGGUAUUAGCAAAUACUCAUGCAACUAACUCUGUUACUCCAGUUGCUGGUCCUUAUUUAAUUGAUCGUAUCGAUAUAGGUGUAAAUGGUGAUCCUAAUCCUGUACAAACAUUAACAGGUGAUUGGUUAUUCUCAAAGUUUCAAUUCUUCUCAAACGAUCAAGUUAAUGUAUUAGGUGGUUUAAAUGGUUUGGGUAUGAGUCCAUUAACUUUUGAUCCUACAGCCCAACAUGCAAUUGCUGCAUUAGGUAAGGAGACUAUUUCAUUACCAAUAUCAUUAUCAUUACUCAAUCAUAUUAACCCCCAAACUAUAAACAAUGAUAUUAUUAUUUCAGUUUAUCCUCGUGCUAAUCCUGUAUUAUCUGGUACUGGUACUCUUGUAAUGAAUGCAAUGAAUUUAAGAUUAAUCUCAAAGCGAAAUAGAAUAGCAGAAGAGAAUCAUCGUAAACUAGAAUUACAAUUCCCAAAGAAGAUACCAUAUAGCACUAUUCAAUCAUCAUCAUGGACUGGUACACUAACUGCUGGUACUAUGACUGAAAUUCCAAUUCAAUUCAAAGACUCCUGCAUUAAUGCUGCUUUCUCACAGUUAGGAGGACCAUCUACCUUUCAAUCAGAGUAUGAUGCAAUCAUUAACGUCGUAGAUAAUAACAAAACAACUAUAUUAGGAAGUAAUGGUAUUAGUGCUGGUCAUAUUAGAACAACUAAUGCUGCUAUUCAUUCUCCUGGUGUAUUGCCAUCAGUUAAAGCAAUUUAUUGGUUGUUCUUUGCUGAUUCACCAAUGCAAGUUAUAAGAGAUGGUAUUAAUAAUGGAUACUUCCAAUUUACUUCUAAUCAAUUCCUUCAACUCACUACUGGUUCUGCAUUCGUAACUGGUACAUAUACUGUCGAUGUUACUUAUGUUACUUAUCAACAUCUAAUGCAAGAAAAAGCUAUUUGUGAUCCAUAUCCUGGUGCAUCAUAA